AGGUUUCUUAAAAUUUGUACAUAAUAUAGGAACUGUUGUUGUAACUUGAUCUGUUGCACAACAAGGCACAGGAAGCUACAUUAGUUCAGUGAUGACAGCUUAUACGUAAUAUUCCAGCUAAUAUGGGGGUGAUGAAAUAUGAUGUAAGUGAAUUUCCAACCGAAUUUAACAAUGAUAACUUUAAAGUGGUUGGAACAGGGGGUUUCGGUGAAGUUCGAGUUUGUUAUCACACAUUACUAGGCAGGGUGGCUUUGAAGUUGUUUCGUAUCACUGGAAGCAAUGAAGAAAUACAAAAUGCUAAAAAAGAGUUUGAAAAUGAAGCAAAAAUUCUCCAACGAAUAAAGCAUCCCCACAUUGUCACCUUCUAUGGUGUGACAUCACUUUUUGGAAGGGAGGGUCUUGUGAUGGAAUUCAUGGAAGGCGGCAACUUAGAUGACCUCAUAACUCAGAAUAUUCUUUCUUGGACUGGGCGACUUCGACUCUUGCAUGAAUUGAUAUCAGCCAUCAGUUACCUGCACAACCACGAUAAGAAGAAAGCUUUUAUCCAUGGUGACAUAAAACCACAGAACAUUCUUCUUACAACAUCCAGGGUUCUAAAACUUGCCGACUUUGGUUCAGUGAACAUCAGACAACAAACCGGUGUCAGCCAAACAACAUUCGAAAUUCCUCAUUCAACGCAACACACAUGGCCUUUCACUGCUCCUGAAUUUCUUAAAGAUCUCUUUGCAGAUAAAACACCGACCAUGGAUAUCUACAGUUACGGUAUCAUUGUGUAUGAAGUACUGACAAGAAUACGAGCUUACUCUGACUCUGCAGCUGGUAGAGAUAAUAUUGUGGCAGCCAUUGGCAAUGGUACGAGGCCCAACCAAAGCAAAUUGGAUGAAGUGGAUAAGCAAUUCAAACAGCAUCAGAAACAAGAUCAUGACAUUUUUCUCAGGUUACAAUCUCUUAUGAAGAAAUGCUGGCAGCAAGAACCAACCAAACGACCCAAAGCUACAAAAAUUUUGGAAACCAUCACUCAACAAAUGGAUGAGUUAGCUGCCAUGAAAAGUUUAGAUAUGAAAACCCUCACCCAUGAGUUACCUGACAAAGACGGUUCCGUUUUGGAAACCACUACCACCACGUUAGUGGAUGAGGUACCUGACAUUGAAACAAUAAACACUGAACGACUUGACCAUGCUUCUUAUAAUGAAACGUUCGGUCAACAACUAAAUGCCAUAGAUCUUCCAGAAUCUGCAUUCAUGAUUGUGGGUGGUUGGAAUACAAAUAAACUUGUUCAAAUUUAUGACAUCAACAGGAAAAGUUUUAAACCAUUAAAGGUUGGUUUAUUGCAGGAUAAACACACGCGCGCCGAAUUCUGGGGUAUGCGGAGUGCACCUAUGCUUUGACUAUGACGUCAUAUACGUCAUUGUAUACGUGCGGCGCAUACGUGUUUUUUUUACUAUGACGUCAUAUACGUCAUUGUAUACGUACGGCGCAUAUGUGUUUUUUUCGGCGGGAAUUCGCAAUACAAACUUAACACUGCCUUUCUCAUAGCUGCGUGUAAAUUAAAUUUAAUUUGUCUAUUAAACAUGGCAACAGGCAGUAAUAAACACCUAAAUAUGUUCUGUAAGUAUAACUGCUUUAUAUUUACGAUAUUUUCCUCAACCAAGCAACAUGUUUAUUACGAAAUAGUAGGGAUUCUUUACACGUGGAUUCUUUGAAACAUACUAGUGAUUGUUUGAACCUGGUAAUUGAUUACGGCACAAUAGCAAUUCACUCGUUGAUAAUUUGCGUCAUAAUAGCGAUUGUCUCCCUGAUUAUUUAGCCUGCAUUUGCUU